AUGCCAAACAUUGGUCGCCCGUCAAAAGCAUGCGUAACCUGCAAGCGGAGAAAAGUCAAGUGCUCCGAGACGCCUCCGAAAUGCCGUGCUUGCGCAAGACUAGGUCUCACAUGCGAGUGGAAAGACAUAUCAGUAUUCCGACAGCAGGACGACUGGGCAGGGAAACUUGUCGAGCGCAGAGUGAAGCAGGCAAAGUUACGUCGUGGUGAUAGCCCAGCAAGUGGCGCAACUUCACCAACUUCGCCUCCAGAAGCUCGCUCUUCGCCCACACGUUCCACAGUACAGAAUGCUGUAGAACUACUAGCACCUGGACGUCCACUAUCCAAGCAGCUGACAUCUGAUAUGGAAAAUGCUGCCCUACAUCGCUUCUACAUGGAGUAUGCUUACACUUCCGGAACUUGCCCGUUUCUGUAUCUCGUCGCGCCGUUGUAUGAAGAGGCGUCGACACCGUCAUGCCUGCAUAGUGCAGUGCACGCCGUGUCUAUGGCAACCAUGGCAAGGCAAUUCAAGCGCCACGAGAUCAUGACAAAGGCGGAGAGGUGGUACGGAAAAGCAUUGAAGAACCUCGCCGCUGCUUUGAAUCAGACUGAGGUUGCAAAGCACGACGGUACUCUACUUGCUGUUGCCUUGUUGGGACUAUACGAGACGGUUAUCUUCAGCGGCACUCCAGGAAAGAAGGAGUUAAACCAAAUCCACAGCCAGGGGCGACUGGCAGUCCUUCGUUUGAGGGGCCCGGAGCAGCUGGGAGAGAAGGUGGGGCGUAAUCUCUUCACACUCGUCUACCACCAGCAGCUCAUCGGCUCGUUCUUCGAUGGCGGAUCUACCAUGGAUGAAUAUCCCUCUUGGAUGAGCCAGUGGUAUCCCGAAACACCUGUGGCACGACUUGAGACCCUCAUGCACGAAGUUAGUGUCAUAGUCUCGGGCAUCCGCCGCGCGCUGGCCAGAGAAGACGCACCUUCUCUCCGCGGUCUAUUAGAACGAGGCAAAGACAUGGAAGACACCCUCGCCACCAUCAUCUCUGACCUUCUCGGCUCCUGGCCGCACCCCGAGGUCGUCCUAGCCCGGCUCAUCGGCAGCGAAUGCGCUGCCGACAUCCCCAAGCAGCUGGAAUUCGACUUCGAAGACCUCUCUGACAACGAUAUGAGCCGGUACCUCAUCAUCACACGCGCUCUAGUGGCCAACAUCUUCCGCGCAAUACGCAUUCAACUCCUCCAGGCCCUCAACUCAGCCGUUCCAUAUCUGCUUGACGCGGAGGUCGGGCUGGACGAUAGAUUUGCGGCACUGGUACAGCGCUCGAGUAGAGUGAUGAUGGUGCUGGCGGAGAACAUUUGCAAUGAUCUUCCGCUCGCCAUUGCUGAUUACGAAGACGACACCCAGCCGCGAGAACCGCGUAUUCAUGGGCGCGCCAUCAGAGCGUGGGCGCAGCUGUUUCCGCUGGAAAGUGCGAUGAGCGUGAAAUGGCUCUCGGAUCAGCAAAAAGAGCGAGCCGCACAAUUGAUGGAGUAUACCAUGGGUAUCUUGGGUAUGCAUAUGCAUGACAAGGCCACGGGCGAUGUGGACUAUACCGCGCUGGUAGCUAUACGGCAAUUACGAGACGAUUCGCCGUGA